AUGACCCUGAACCCACCACGAUGCUCUCCAGAGAACCGCAAGUCUGAGAGAAAACUGGAAGACGCAAAGUUCUUGCCUCCUAGACAAGUAGGGCAGCACUGGGGCUCAGACCCUUACCGUUCCCUGUGGCUUUCAGGGAGCGGGGCAAACCCGCACGGGCGGCCAGCGCUGCUGAGACCGAAACUCGUGCAGGUCAUUCUCGGCAAAAACCGAUACAGCAAGCUGACGGGAACAGCACGGCUCGGGAAGUCCUCGAGGCACGAGCUGAUGACUCACGCACCUCUGGCGGAGUUCCCUGAGCAAGCAGACGUUGCCCAGCGCGCACGAGAUCGGAAAAGCCCCCUGCCGCCCUGCCUGUGCAGCCGGCCCCUGCACCUGCGCUGCUGCUGCGCCCUGCACCCCUGUCCCCGCUGCCUCUGCGGCCUCGUCUGCCGGGCGUCCUGCCUCGCCGCCUGGGAGAGGAAGGUCCUCCGAGCCCAGCUCGAGCUGGAGCGCGAGCUGGCCAGUGAGCGAAGAAGACUUAAUAAGAUGUUGAACUCUUCCCAUGAUCAUAAGCUUUUAGCUUUGAUGGAUGUGAACGGUUUUGACCCUGAUGAAGUUACUGUAAAGGUGAAAGAUGGGAAGGUUAAAGUGUUAGCAGAGCACGAGGAGGAACACAGCACCAUAAGAGGGAAAUGGAAAGAGUAUAACUACAAAAACAUCAGAAAAGAAAUCAGCUUGCCUCCUGGGGUGGAAGAAGACGAGGUGAUGUAUUCUGUAGGACCUAACAGUAUCGUGAAGAUUGAAACUCCACGCAAGUGCUACCCAUGUCUUAUGAGUCUCUGACCGAAGGCAGGGAGCAGCGAGCCGCUGCAGCCAAACAGUUCAUGGACACAGUGCGGGUCAGUCCAGCGCAGCUCCCACGGGGUUCGGGUCCGAGCGCUGAGCAUGCGCCAGCAGCACCUCUGACCUCCUGUGAAACAAAAGAGAGCAUUCCAAAAAGGUGUGUGUGAGUCUCAUUUUGAAGGGAUUUGAUGAUCAAAGGGGGGGACCACCUGGAAAGCAGGAAGAUACAAACCAAUUUGGGAAUACUUGAUCACUUGCUAGAUAAAAAAGACACUGCUGGAGGUGGCAUAAUUCAGAACAGGUGUUGCUGUUGCUUAUGGAUUUUAAAAGCUGAAAGAAACCAUUAUGAUCAGUCACAUUUCGAUAAUAAUGACUCUUCCCUCAAUCGCAUCACUUCCGUUUGAGCUGGAGGAUAUUUUCUGGGAAGAAAAUCUUGAUAAUAAAGACUUCAAGGGGGGAAACCCAUUCCUAGGCAACACCUCUGAGUUAGGUGUGCCAGUGGUAAACUACCCAUGCUCUUUGGAACAUGUUUUCUUCAUU